AUGUCGAAGCGCAAUAACGAUUCAUCCUUCAACUCCAAUAAGCCCGCUAAACGUAGUAAAGCCAGUCAAGCAUGCUCUAAUUGUCGGCGGCAUAAAUCUAGAUGCGAGCUAUUGGAAUUCCCAUCCCCAUCUCAAGGCAUAACUUGCCAUCGUUGCAAAAUCUUGAACGUCCAAUGUUCUUUUGAGUCCUCGAAUAUCAUCCACCUUCCAUCUUCUCAAUCUCACCCCGAGACAUCCAGAGCAAUCUUGGUAAAUCCAACAUCUGCUUCGAGCAGCGCUUCACCUCCGGAGUCAACUCACUUUUGUCCUCCUUUGCCUCCCAAUCAACUGCCUUCUCCCACUCCUUCUGCAUCAGAACCAUCCCCUCGACCUUACCAUGAUGCUAGCAAUACCAGCAGUGCAAAACAAGUCAGGGACUUACGACCAGAGGAUCUUGUAUCGGAAGAAACUCCAUGGGGUCCAUGCGGCGGACAAGGAGGUUUUGACUGGACUGCUGCGCCUAUUUCAGCUAUCCAUGAACUUGCGAGCAAGAACAACCUCUAUUCCUCUUCAUCAUCGCGACUUCCUUCCACAACAGACCGUGAUCUUCGUGCUGUACUCACACAGAAUCAGAUCAACCGGUUGCUAGAAAUUUUUGAGAUACGAUAUGCACCGUGGAUGUGUGUUCCUCCUCGGGAGUCAGAAAACACCUCAAGUGACCUCCUUGACCUCAUCCGCUGCACUGUCGCCGCACGACAUCUCGAUGGCGUUACACGUGCCUCUGUAUCUCCGCGACUGCAGAAACUUACUGAAAAUUUGUUCCUCAAUCGGCAACUGGGCUCUGAACCAAACGCUGAAUCCAUCGAGGCGUUAUUGGUUCUUUCUCUGUGGUCACCGCUCACGAAUGUAGGGUACAGCGUGAAGAGGGACGGUAGAGCUCUUGCUUGUACAGCUGUCAGCUCUGCAAUCAGUCUGGGAUUAUCAGAGGCAUCUCUGCUCAGGGCUCAGGCUCCCCUUUCGCCUGAUCUAGUUGAUCUCACUGACAAAACCCGUCUAUGGUUGAUGACCUCAACGACAGAAUCGAUGAUCUGUGUAGGCACUGGACGAACACCUAUCUCUAGGACCACCGAGGCAGACUUGAAAUUCAUUGACCCAACUUCUGUUAAGAGUGAUAUAAGCGCCAGAGAAGUUCGUCUGGGUUUUAUUUCGAAGAUGCUGGAUCUUGUAGAACAAGGGUGCAAAAUUCGUCUUCGCAGCCCGUCAAAUUUCGAGGCAUUCUAUAUCGAGACUCAGCAGCUGAUGCGAACUAUACGCUGCUUAAACAGCUUCAUAAAACCCUUACCAGUAAUAGCACGCUAUGAACCCUUUUUCUUCAGCAUGUGUGUACUCCAAUUCCACGGCUGGAACCUUGUAUUGUUGCACCACUUUCUUCGGGAACUGCGUACCGUCAUGGAUGGAUACAACUCUCAAUCGUGGAUGGUGACACUGUAUAGAGGAACGCCUAUCCCCUUGAUAUACGGACAUGAAGCUAUCGAUUCUGCACAGCAAGUCCUUACCAUUUUCCUAUCUCAGAAUGACACCGCCCUUCUCGCCGCUGCACCCGACCACGUCUUUUGCCUUGUCACGUUCUCCGCAACGUGGAUCAUUAUUUCCAACUUUUCCAUGCAUCAGCUCAACGGUGUGAACCUCGGGUGGGCAAACGAUAAGCUCAUCUCCCUUGUCGCCGAAAAGUUGUCGCAUGUUGCAUCUUCGCCCGAGCAUUUUCCAGCGCUAUGCGCGCAUUUCAUCAUGAGACUUGUACAUGCCUGGGAGACUAGAAACACUCGAAGACCUGCGGCUAGUGCAGCGCGAGAAGAGGAGAAGGACAACGAUGAAUAUCCUGUGAGAAUGAUGCCUCAGAUGUCUGCCGAACGCACGACAGUGGAAGACACGCCUUCCGAAGCGCAAUCGUCAUUCUCUGCACCAAACGGUGUCCAGGAUGACCUUCAAUAUCAGCCACAACAGCAACAGCCGAUACAGCCACAGAUGCAAUUUCCUUCUCCGGAUGACCCGAAUCAAUCUAUGCUUUCAGGACUUGGGGCUGGACAUGAGUGGCUGGAGGCCUCAGAUAUGCUCAUGGAUGCUACCUUUUGGACUACCUUCAUGGAGAAUCUGAACUCACAAGCACCUGGCUUUGAGAGUAUACCUUCCUAG